ACCAUUUCCGCCUGCACUGAUGGAGCUAGGUCAGUUGUUCACAAUAGACCUCUCGCACUCAUCCAUCUUGACCCCAUGUCUCUCUCUCUCUCUUUCACUCUCUCUCUCCCUCUCCGCAGUAACCGGCUCACCCCCAGCAACCAUGACCGGAUACAGAGGCUGAGGCAGGAGUUCCAGCAGGCUCAGAAUGUUCCUGAUGACGCCGAUGAGCGCAGGAGGACCUACAGCUUCGAGCAGCCCUGGUCGAACGUCAGCAGCAAUAACGGUCCGGGCGCUUACAGCCAGCCGGGCCGCCACUCUGUGUCGGUCGAGGUUCAGAUGCAGAGACAGCGCCAAGAGGAGAGAGACUCAUUCAGUCAGGCUCAGCGGACAGUACAGCUCGCUUCCGCGUCAACCCAGGAAGAACCCCAGCACCGUCUCUCAGGACUCGUGGGAUAAAGCGUACCCACCUGGGGAGGGCUUCCAGACAGCCAAAGACAACCCCAGGUACUCCAGCUACCAAGGCUCCAGGAACGGGUACCCAGGCGGAAGCAGCGUUAACGCCCGGGUCCUGCUCGAAGCUCAGGAGCUCCUGAGGCAGGAGCAGAGGCGCCGGGAGCAGGAAGCCAAAGGGAAGAUGAUGCAGGAGAACAGCAGUAGCAGCUCCUACGACGGGUGCUCCGCAGCACGCUUGAAGGACCCAGCGUCACCCAAGGGCCCGUAUCGCCAAGAUGUGCCGCCGUCACCUUCACAGUUAGCAAGGCUAAAUCGGCUGGGAUCAGAGAAAGGACGACUUUUCUUUUCUUGAGGACAGAUGGAUGAGAACUGAGAACUUUGGUGGAAGAGCCUUGAAGAAAACUGUAAAGCAAACGCUAAAAUUGCAGGUUAGGGAUGAUAGCCGAGAGAUCUUAUAGCGUAACGGCGAUCUUAAAGGUGAACAGUGGCGCGUACACCGUAUGUGGGUGUCCCUGACCUGUACGGGCAGUCAGAGGUCCUCCAGUGCCUUCUCGUCACCUGUGGACUCUGACUCGUGGAGAUCUGCCACCUUCAUGGACUGACAAUCAAACAGGCAAACGAGUGGGCGUUCCCCUAAGCCCACAAGGGGGCGUAAGGUUUGCCGCAGGUUUACAUAUUUAAAGGUAUCACUGCCACAUCACGUGUGGGCGGAGUCCCAUGGAUGAUCCUCCUCUUGGCUCCACCCCAUCAUCACAAAACACCUCACCUGGUCCUUUCAUUACGAUGAACUUUUUUUUUGUUUUAUCAGCAAAACCAACGCAUGCGGCAGCGUUUUCUUGCUUUGUUUCUCUUCAAAGACUGAGCUCUCAGCCGCGUUCUCCCCGCGGACACGAGACAACAAGGCAACAAGGCAAAUGUAUGACAAAAAAAAAAAAUCAGGCCACGGCCUGUUGUGUUAUUAAUAAAAA